AUGGGUAUCUUCAAGUUUUUCCACGAGGCUAAGACGAAGGUUGCUCCCCACAGGAUGUUCAAAACUUUGGUCACUGAAUCCCAUAACGUUUUACCGAAAGUCACCCCGUCCAUCAAGAGCGUUGAGAUCAUUGAAGGAGAUGGCGGUCCUGGAAGCAUAUAUAAGACAACCUUCCCAGAAGGUGCUCACUUCAAACACGUUAGUCACAAGAUUAAUGAUAUCGACCCUGUGAACUAUGUAAGCAAAUAUACUUUGGUUGAUGGAGACGUACUCGGAGACAAGAUCGAGAAAGUUGAUUACGAGGUGAAAUUCGAGCACUCCGAGGAUGGAGGAUGUGUUGUCAAGCAGACCAGUGAGUAUCAUACCAAGGGUGAUUUUGAACUCAAAGAGGAGGAUGUUAAAGCAGGCAAAGAACAAGCUCAGGGACUCUUCAAGGCUUGUGAUGAGUACCUUGCCGCCAAUCCUCAUGUUUGUGCCUAA